UUAGAAACGGAGAAACAAAGAAAAAAAAAAGGAAAAAAAAAAACAGGAGGAGAAAGAAAAGAGGGAAAAACAUGGAGCUGGUACAAGGAUUGCCGUUACUGUACCAACAGUUCACUUCGUUGUUCAAGAAAAACAUCUUGUUGUCAUCAAGAAACAAGAGCGCAACAUUCUUGCAGCUCUUUGCUUCUUUCUUUUUCAUGUUCUUGUUGUUCUGCAUCGAAAAGGCAACAGAGUCUCGCACGAACACAACGACAGGGUUCGACACGGUGAGGAAUCCACAGCCUAUGUGGGAGCCUCCGAUCACUCCUUGCGAGGAAAAGUUCUACGUUAAAAAGCCUUGUUAUGACUUCGUUUGGAGUGGAAAUGACAGCGCUACAAUUACCAGUAUUGUUACAGCCAUCAUGCAGAAUAAUCCCAACAGGCCAAUUCCCUCUGACAAGGUGAGAUCAUUCAGAACAGAACAAGAAGUCGAUGAUUGGCUUCUUAGAGAACCUAUGCAAGCACCAGCAGCACUGCAUUUUGUGCAAGUGAACGCCACUGUGAUCACCUAUGGUCUACAGUCUAACUCUACUCCAAUUGCUCGGCGAGGCCAUUAUGAAGAUCCAACCUUCAAAUUUCAAAUUCCACUUCAAAUUGCGGCAGAGCGUGAGAUUGCUCGGUUUCUUUUGGAAGCUUCAACCUUUAACUGGAAGGUUGGACUUACGGAAUUUGCGCAUCCCGCAAGGCCUGCUUUCUCUGCAUUGGCUACAGUAGGACCGGCUUUUUUCCUGGCAUUUACCAUGUUUGGAUUUGUGUUACAAAUUAGUAAUUUGGUUGCUGAGAAAGAGCUCAAACUUCGCCAGGCAAUGAAUAUGACUGGUCUUUACGAAUCUGCAUACUGGGCCUCAUGGAUCUCAUGGGAGGGAAUCAUUACGUUCAUUUCCUCACUUUUCCUGGUUCUCUUCGGAUUGAUGUUCCAGUUCGAUUUUUUCAAGAAAAACAAUUUCGGAGUUCUGUUCUUUGUCUUCUUCCUCUUCCAGAUCAACAUGAUGGGUUUUGCCUUCAUGCUGUCGACCUUCAUCAGCAAGGCAUCAUCAGGCACGACAAUGGGUUUCUCCAUAUUUAUAAUCGGAUUUAUGACUCAGAUUAUUACAAUAGCUGGAUUUCCAUACAAGGAAAGCAUUAGUGGUUUCUUACAGUUCAUCUGGUCAUUCUUCCCACCAAAUCUUCUCGCAAUAGCAGUAAAGCUGCUCUCCGAUGCAAGUAACACUCCUGAAGAUCUUGGAAUCAGCUGGAAAGGACGAUCAAAGUGUUCACCUGACGCUGAUGACUGUGCUAUCACAAUUAAUGAUGUUUACACAUGGCUCAUAUGUCUGUUCUUUCUCUGGUUUGUUUUGGCAAUCUACUUUGAUAAUAUAUUCCCAAAUGCAUCCGGUGUGAGAAAAUCUCCUUUUUACUUCUUAAACCGUGGGUAUUGGACAGGGAAAGGUGGAGACAAGGUCGAAGAGGGUGGCAUUUGUAGUUGCACGGGUGAAAUCCCACAACAAGAGCAUAUUACUCCAGAUGAUGAAGAUGUGCUUGAAGAGGAGAAUGUCGUAAAAAAUGAUGCAAAAGAAGGCACAGUCAACCCAGAUGUUGCAGUUCAGGUACGAGGACUUGCAAAGACAUAUCCUGGGACCACACAGAUUAGUUGUUGUAAAUGCAAGAAGACUUCAUCUUACCAUGCUGUUAGGGGCUUAUGGGUCAACUUCACCAAGGAUCAGUUAUUUUGUCUGCUUGGACCCAAUGGUGCCGGAAAAACUACAACAAUGAAUUGUUUAACUGGCAUAACACCUGUGACCGGUGGAGAUGCCUUGGUUUAUGGACAUUCUGUUCGAAGCACGGUUGGCAUGUCAGGCAUUCGGCAAAUUAUAGGAGUUUGUCCACAGUUUGACAUUCUCUGGGAUGCAUUGUCCGGUGAAGAACACCUCCACCUCUUUGCAAGUAUCAAAGGUCUACCCCCAGCUUCAAUCAAAUCGGUUGCUCAGGAAUCAUUGGCAAAGGUGAAACUAACUGAAUCAGCGAAAGUAAGAUCCAGGAGCUACAGUGGAGGAAUGAGGCGUCGUUUGAGUGUUGCAAUAGCCCUUCUCGGUGACCCUAAGUUAGUCAUUUUGGAUGAACCGACUACUGGUAUGGAUCCAAUAUCAAGAAGGCAUGUGUGGGAUAUUAUACAGAACGCAAAGAAAGGUCGUGCAAUUGUUCUAACAACUCAUUCAAUGGAAGAAGCCGACAUUCUAAGUGACCGUAUAGGAAUUAUGGCCAAGGGCAGGCUCCGGUGCAUUGGAAACUCGAUCAGGUUGAAGUCAAAGUUUGGCACUGGCUUUAUUGCUAAUGUGAGCUUUAGUGAUAACAAUGGUGGACAAACUCCUGGACGCAUGCCAUCAGAUACUUCAGUUCAUCAUGAGGCUGUGAAGAAGUUCUUUAAAUACCAUUUGGAUGUAACGCCAACAGAGGAGACCAGAUCCUUCUUGACUUUUGUCAUUCCUCAUGAUAAAGAGAGGGUUUUAACGAAAUUUUUUGCGGAGCUUCAAGAGAGACAGAGAGAAUUCCAUGUAUCAGACAUUCAGCUUGGCCUUGCAACUCUUGAAGAAGUUUUCCUAAACAUUGCCAAGCAAGCAGAAUUAGAAAGUGCUGCAGCCGAGGGGAAGAUGGUUACUCUGGCCUUAACUUCUGGAAAAUCAGUUCAGAUACCUGUGGGAGCUAGAUUUGUGGGGAUCCCAGAAACAGAAUCUCCAGAGAAUCCUAGUGGCAUUAUGGUUGAAGUAUACUGGGAGCAAGAUGAUUCAGGUUCACUCUGCAUUUCUAGCCACUCUGAUGAAAUGGCCGUACCUUAUAAUGCUCAGCCAUUGGCUUCUGCACCACAACCGUCGGACAGAAGCAAUGUGUUAGGCCCGAGGGGAGGGCCAGUUUAUGGAAUUGUCUACGAUCCCAAUCAGAUUAUUGCUGCUCAAUCUUACUAGUACCACUCCUUUGUGAACUCCCAUAUAUUUUUGAAUCCUGCGUGUUUGAUUAGUAACGUAGGUGGUAGGCAUAUUCAUUUUGAUUUUUUUUUCUUUUUGAGUAUUUUUUGUAUGUAAUCUUAUGUGAGAAUAUUUUGAAAUAAUAUCACAGGUAUUGAUUUUU